GUUGCUUUUAAUUCUCUGUUUCUGUUCCCCAUGUAGUCAUGGAUGAUGAUCCAGAUUGUUCUGUUGCACACCAGGCCUCUGACAAUGGCUCUGACGCAGAAACCAAAACCAAUCCAGAUGCCCAGGCUGAAGAGUACAUUGCGCGUGUUCUUGAUCCUUCAAGCCAGUCUGCUCAGGCAUCCCAGUCUAUGCCCCCGGAGUUUCUCUCAAUGGGCGGGCGGGCCCAAGUGUCUGACCAGAAGUCACCUCUCUUAGAGCUAAAAAAGUCUCCAGUUAGUGAUGACACAGUUUUCGGGCUGCUGUCUCUUCCUCUAGAGCUGAUCUUGGAGAUCUGUUCCUACUUGCAGGCCAGGUUUGUCCUGAGCGUCCUUCCUUUGGUCUGUCAGACACUGAGGAACAUUGUGCAGGAUAACGUCACUUGGAAAAUCCGCCUGCAGAAGAGGAUUGGCGGCUGCUACCCAGUUGUGGAAGAUGAUGAAUUUAACUGGCCAGCUGUCUGCAUUGAACUAGAGGAACAUCUCCAGCAAUGGGCAGAGGAUGGCAAGAAUACAGAGUACUUUUCGCUCGCUGAUGGGCACUUUGCUUCAGUUGACUCGGUACUGCUCCUCCAGGGUGGGGAGUUGUGUGUCUCAGGCUCUCGAGACCGAAAUGUCAACUUGUGGGACCUGAGGCAGUUAGGCAAAGCACCAGAAAAAGUGCUUGUGAAGGCACUGGGAACGGAGCGCAAUGGGACGCACAAGGGAUGGGUCUGGGCACUGGCUGCAAGAGACAACCGGGUGUGCUCAGGCUCCUGGGACAGUACAGUGAAGCUGUGGGACAUGGCUGCUGAUGGGCAGCAGUUUGGAGAAAUCAGAGAGAAGGCAGCUGUGUUGUGCCUUUCUUACCUGCCUGACAUCCUUGUCACAGGAACGUAUGACAAGAAGGUGACAGUAUAUGACCCACGAGCUUCUCAACCCCUAGUAAAGAGCCGCAAGCUCCAUUCCAGUGCAGUCCUGUCCCUUGUAGCUGACGAGCGCUUCAUCAUCUCUGGCAGUGAGGAUCGGACUCUAGUGUGUUUUGACAGACGGGCCAACAGUGUCCUCCAGAGGCUACAGCUGGACUCCUAUCUCCUCACCAUGUCAUACCAGGGUUGUCAGCUGUGGGCUGGAGACAACUACGGGCGGCUGUAUGUGUUUCAGAAUCGAGGAGGCAGCUUUCAGCAUAUAAGGUACUUUGACGUGGGCCACCGUUCUCAGAUCACUGGAGUCCAACACUCACUGGGCACUUUGUACACAGCUUCCACUGACAAGACACUGCGGAUCCAUGUCCCCACAGAUCCACCAAAGGCUAUCUGUUCACGGACGCACAGCUACAUGCUAAGUGGGAUCAGCGUUGCAGGGAACAUAGCUGUAGCUGCCUCAGGUGGUCUCUCUUUGGAAGUCUGGAGGCUCCAUGUGUGAUGAAGAGCCAGUUACGGAUCCACGUCUUCAACUACAGGGGUGCUGAAUUCUUUGCCUCGGACAUCUCCUGGGGUCUAGAGUCCCAGCGCCUGUUGAGAUUUUAGUUCUGUUUGCUGUAUGUAUUUGUGCAGUCAGAGGGGGUUGAAGCUUCAGCCUGAGCUUGUCCCAGACUCGUACACAGAUCAGUGCACAUCCAAGCCCCACCCCGCUACCAGCUACUGUGUCUCCCUAGUGUGGUGCUUACUUGCUCUCUGCCUCUCCUGGGUGGACACUUUCUGCUAAGCUGGCUGCACAUUCCGGAAGAGAGCUGCCAGUUGAGUCACAUAGCUGGUCCUGCAGCUGAACAGCUACAACAUUCCAAGGACCACUCUAGCCCUGGGAGCAUCAGUUUGAACAAGAGAUGGAGGGGUGACAUAGAGGCUGGAGCUAAAAAUGACUCUGUAGCCACCCAAUACUGAUCCAUGUUUACGGUUUAAAUUAAAUGUGUUUUCUUGUGGUGGUUGA